AUGCAAGAGCAUGUCCCACCGGGGAUUGCAAUCGUCAAGUGUGACAACCUGGAAGAAUGGCAGAUGGACAUCAAGAUCCUUGACCAGAAUCCACUUUAUCUAGACCAGACUUACCGGUUGAAGUUUACAUUCAGUAACAAGUACCCCAUUGAGGUCCAAUUCAUCCAAUGUCCUGCCUCAACUGGCACACCCCGCACAAUCCCAAUGCAUCCCCAUAUCUACAGCAAUGGCAUUAUAUGCCUUGACCUCCUGGGCUCCGCCGGUUGGUCCCCAGUGCAAACAGUUGAGAGCGUCUGCAUGAGCCUUCAGAGCAUGCUUACCGCCAACAAUCGCAAUGAGCGACCCGCCGGUGACCAGGAGUUCAUUUCCACCAACCGCCGUCGCAUCCGUGAUAUCAACUUCGUCUAUGAGGAUGAUAAUGUAUAA